AUGUUGGGCACUAUUCUUGCAUUCGUGGCGCUGUUAGCCUUCUAUCUCAUCGGCAGCGCCAUCUACAACGUCACUCUCCAUCCGCUGGCCGAUGUGCCCGGCCCCAAGAUCUGCGCCAUUACUCGAAUUCCAUACUGGCUUGUCGCAUUGAAAGGUGAAGAUAUAGAAUGGAUGAAGAGCUUACAUGAAGCUUAUGGCCCUGUCGUUCGUUUCGGCCCUACGGACCUAAGUUACACGGCCGGAGAGGCCUGGAAUGAUAUCCAUGGGCCCAAGGUGACUGAAAAAGCCCAAGAGUUCUCAGUUCAGCCUGUGAAUGGUGCGUCAUAUCCCGACAGCUUAGGUUCCCAGAUUCAACUUUGGCACAUGAGCUAA